AUGUUUCUGGAUCGUCUACGUACUGCGCAGCCCAACAGUGCGUACGUGAUGGAGUCCUUCGACGUUACCGCCCUUUAUACAAACGUGUCGAAUGACUCCGCAAUGCAAGCCAUAUUCGAACCCCUUACACAACACGAAGGAGAAAUAAACAUGUAUGGCUUCAAGAUAAAGCACUUGAUGGCACUCUUAAAAGAAUGCUUGAUCUGCUCAAACUUCAGAUGGUCUGGAAAGUACUACGCUCAAAUAAGAGGGUUGGCAAUGGAACAACGACUGGCUCCAAGCCUUGCCAUUGCAUUUAUGUCUAAGGUGGAAGCACCGGUGACUGAUCUCGGGCCGCUACUCUACUGUAGGUAUUUAGACGACUGCUUCGUCCUUUGCUCAACACAAGAGGAAAUGGACAAAUGUUUCAAAUUGUUAAACGCACAGUCAGAGUAUAUCAAAUUCACCCGAGAAAAGCCGAAAGAAAAAUGGCUUCCAUUUUUGAACGUACAAAUUCACCUAUCAAAAAAUGGCUACAUUACAAAGUGGUACCGAAAGCCAAAUAGUAAAAACAUCUUGGUUCAUUACCUCUCCUCUCACCCCUCUCACACGAAAAGGGCGCUUAUAAGAAACAUGUUUCGAACAGCAACCAACGUGUGCACGGGAAGAGAGCNGACUGCUUCGUCCUUUGCUCAACACAAGAGGAAAUGGACAAAUGUUUCAAAUUGUUAA